AGGAGCCCCCCUGCACGUUGUGUUGUGAUGAUGAACUCCGGCCGGCGAGGAAGCCUCCUCGGCCUGCCGACCAAGCUAACCAUGCUCGCACGCCGGCUUGGUCCUGCUUCGGAGGCCUCCUCUUCCGGCGGCGGGGGUGGAGGCGCAGGGUGGGGGACAUGCGCGGGGCUGCUAAAGCUCAUCUACCUGAAGCAGAGUGCGGUGGUGGACAGAGGAGGGCCGCACCAUGCAGGAGUACCAGCUCAACCUCAUCGUCCGGGAGCGCUGCAAGGACGGUCGCUUCAAGCACGCCCACGAGAUGCAGAUCUGCAAAUGGAUGCGGACCCUGCAGGAGACGCGCCUCCUCCUUGGCUUCAUGUCAAAGGGCGAGACGCGCUGGUUGAGAUGGAGAAGAGGGCAUCCAAGUAAGGAGCGAGUCGCCUACUCGUUGGUCGUCGCUCCAUACCCUGUAUGCAAGCUUGUCUCAGUAGUCCCAAGCAUGGAUGUUUGUCUAACAGUGCUCCUGCCGCCAGUGGUGAUUGUCAAGAGGAUUGACAAAUGACGCAGCAGGUUUCUCUCGACAGGUUUAAGGUAGAGAUGUAAACGAUCGAAUACGGACGGAUAUUAUUGAUAUCGUAUUUAUUUUCAUAUUUUUGUUUGAAUAAA